GCCAGUUUAGUCCAAUGGUUUUUUCGUAUAAUGUUCCUCUGGAAGAAUCUCUCCUCUGAAAUGGAUGCUGGUGCUCGAACUCCCAGGGCUGUCGCAGCUGUUCUGGCCACUCUCUUCUUACUUGUCCAACUCUGUGAUGCCAACAUUAUGUACGCAGAGAAAGGCUCUUCCCCAGAGUUGCCCUGCCCAUGUCCAUUUUGUUCCAGUACUCAAAAAAUAUCCUGGUACUUUGUCCAACAAGGCCAAACAACUCUCCUCUUCAGCAAAUUCUCCAACAGCAAUAUAAAGCGUUGGCCAGUUGCCUGGAGCCAGCUCGAGAUGCUUCAAAAUAACUCACUUCGAUUUAAUCAUGUGAUGGACAAUGACACAGGUCGUUAUUGGUGCGACAUGAACCAUUUUUAUGAUCUUGUGGUUGUGACAGGAAGUAAGCAGAUGUUGGAGCCCAACCAGGCCCAUAGUGUGUGCUAUGUCUUGACCUGCCUUUUCCCAGCUAAUGAACUCUACAGAGAUGUGAUAACCUGGUGGGAAGGUAGGAAGCAAAUCCUGGAAGGAGACCAAAUGGGAAGAUCCAGCAUAUUUAAGGGGAAAAGGGCCUCUCUGCUCCACGUUUGCUGGAAAAAAGAGGCUUUGAAGAAAAACAAGGAGAAGCAUAUCAAAUGUCGCUUUUCUCUGAGGACUGAAAUCAUGUUCAGGUUGACGAAUAAUGAUGAUUUCUGUACUUGUAGUACUUCACAGCCUUCUUUCCAGGGGACAGUGAAAGAUGGUUUAUCAUCUCAAUGCUCAGAAAUCAAAAAAAAUGGGGGACCAUGGAUUCCGUUGGCUGUUUGUGUUAUAUUGCAAUUUCUAAUCAUACUCAGUCUGGUGAUAUUGUGGAGAAGGAGUUGUAGCCAGAAGUACCCAGACCAUCUUGAGAAGCUGAGUAAAGAUGUCCCCAUGUCCGAAUACUCACCACAGCUCUACGAGAAUGUCAGGACCUGAUUGGAUCUGCUGCUGCGACAAAGGAAACAUUUCGGUUCUCACGGAGUCAAACAAUCCUGGACCAAACCCAGCAACUCUUGAGCAAUGUUACAUUUUCCAAGAUCAAUGUUUUUCUGGGCCUUUAUGUGUUCUUUCUAUCCUGCCAGACUGUUUUUAAUUCUCUGAUUAGCUCUCCUGGAUUGUAGCUCCCAACAUCUACUGCAGUGUUUCUCAACCUUGG